UCAGGGCUGUCUAUCAUCAAGUUUACUGAAAAAAUAAUUCUUUGGGUGCAAUUUUUCUAAUGUAAUUUUUGCAGCACAUGCCUUAAACUGAUGCGUCGAAGAGAGAAUUUUGAAAAGUUCUGCUUAUUUACACGAUUUUCUUAUUAUGCCCGGUUCUGAGGAAGAACACCCAAAAGUCCAGUUUUUUUGCAACCCUCUAUACUGUCGAUGUGGUCGCUAUCAUUUUCCCCAAAGAAUCAUACUUGCAUUUUUGCUACAUAUUUGUCUACAAAAUAAUUUAACGUCCAGAAUAGUACUCAAUGUAGCAAUAGUAGAAAUUAUGAAAGAAAAUAGUGUAAAAGUAGGUAAGGCUGCUUGUCCUGAGUAUAUACAACAUCACACUGUCAAUUUUACCAAAUCUCAGGUAAAUGGUGCUAAGAAGCAGCAUGCAUGGCCAAGUGACGCGAAAUCCAUCUUACUUGUGUCGUUUUAUUUGGGUUACUUAAUAUCUCAGAUACCUGGAGGAUGGAUAUCAGAUAAAUUUGGAGCAAGAUAUGUAUUAAUAGGAUCUGUCACUAUUACAACUAUCGGAACUGGAGUUUUUCCUGUAAUGACAAACCGAUGGGGUUGGAUGACAGGAGUUGCACUUCGGUUUUUUCUUGGAGCCGCUCACGGUCCAUGUUUGCCAGCGAUAAGUUCUCUCGUAAAUGCUUGGAUACCUCUUAAUGAACGACAUUUGUGGGGAAGCAUUGCGUUCUCAGGAUCCAACCUAGGUAAUCUCCUAGGAAAUACUAUUAGUGGGGUCUUGAUAGACACAUUUUGGUGGGAUGUCGCAUUUUACUUUUGGGCGGCAUACUCGCUGCUGUACUUGAUUUUUGUUGUUUUGCUCCUAUACUCUUAUCCCGAAAUGCACCCGUUUAUAAUGACGAAAGAGGUAGAAUAUAUUCAGCAAAUGGGAGCCGGUGAAGCGGCAGUAAAAAAGAAAGAUCUUAGAACACCAUGGAAAAAAAUUCUGAUGAACAGACCUUACUGGGCUAAUGUACUUGCCCAAUUUGGUCAUAAUUUAAUAUACAUCCCCUUAGUCACUUAUUUACCAACCUAUAUGAGUGAUAUUCUGCAGUUUGACGCUGAACAAAAUGGACUUUCUUCUGCGAUGCCUUUUGUAUGCCUGUGGAUAACAUCCUUAAUUUUAGCAUCGACUGCUUGUUACUUUUUAAGAUGUAUGUCUGAAAAAUUUUUUGUUACAUUUUUUGGGGCAGGAUGCAAUGUGGCUUCAUCAAUAUUUCUAUUGGGAGCCGGAUACUCAGGUUGUAACAGGUACUUAGCUAUCGCACUGUUCAACUUUUGUAUGAUUAUUAAGGCUUUCUAUUACGUCACUUUACCUAUGAACAUUGCCAAUCUUUCUAAACAUUAUGGAGGGAUUAUGUUUGGAAUUUCUAACACAGUUGGUGCAAUUAGCGGUAUCAUAGGAAAUGUGAAUAUUGGGAUUUUACUAAAAGAGAAUCAAUUUCACGAAUGGCAAACCGCUUUUUGGAUAACAUUUGGAAUCUGUGUAGUGACAACAAUAAUAUUUGCUAUUUUUGGUUCUACUGAAAGGCAAAGUUUUGACUAUGAAGAGUCGGAUGAGCGAGCAUCAACGAAAGCUACAAAUACAGCAGAUGACAUUAAAUAGCUUUUUACAACUUAACAAAUAAAUAUUGUAUAAAAUGAUGCUAAUCUUACACGAAAUACUUGCAAACAGUUUUAAGAAAGUUUAAUAGAAUGCUAUCUAUUAUUUUGUGUUACAGCACAUUAGCAUAAUAUUUUGGCUAGGAAGCUGAUGACCUUUUCUUGGACAAAUAAUAUUUAUAUGUUCCUUCCUAUUAAUUGAUAAUAAAAUAAAAAAUACAAUGAACGAAAAUAAUGAAAAAUACGAAUGGAUGAAUAAUAUAUAUUUAUUUUAUUAACACA